GAGAUGCGCAAGCGCAUUAUAGUAUCAGAGAGUAAUGAAAAAGAAGGCUCAGACAAGCUUUGAAAGACAUGAAGCUUAGCGCAUGCGUCAGUUUGAAAAGCCACUCCUAGACGGUGGGUUACGGUUGUUGAUAGCUCGGGGGUGGCGUCUUCGAGGCACGAUGGACAAGGACUUCUUGCUUGCCCUGCGAUUGCAGGCGGAAUGGGAAGCGGAGGACGAGGAGGUGCGGGUUCAGACGACCUCCUCCGAUCCUCCGCGGUCGCUCUCGCUGAUGGACGAUGCCUGGGAGCUGCUGGAUCCGAACCCCGACAUACGAGGCCUCUUCCUGCAGUUCAACGAGACCCUCUUCUGGGGGCGCCUGGCGGCGGUGGAAGUGAAAUGGAGCCCGCGCAUGACGCUGUGUGCUGGACUUUGCUGCUAUGAAGGUUAUGGUGGGAUGUGCUCCAUCCGACUCAGUGAGCCACUUUUAAAGCUACGGCCAAGGAAGGAUCUUGUGGAGACUCUCUUGCAUGAAAUGAUUCAUGCCCUGUUAUUUGUCACUAAUAAUGACAAAGAUCGUGAGUCCCAUGGCCCAGAGUUCUGCAAACACAUGCAUCGGAUAAAUCGCUUAACAGGAGCCAAUAUUACGGUCUAUCAUGAAUUUCACAAUGAGGUGGAUUUCUAUCGUCAGCACUGGUGGCGUUGUAAUGGUCCGUGUCAAAAUAGAAAGCCUUAUUUUGGCUAUGUAAAACGUGUAAUGAAUAGGGCACCAUCUGCAAAUGACUUCUGGUGGGCAGAGCACCAACAGAGCUGUGGGGGAACAUUUACCAAGGUCAGAGAACCCAAGAACAGCUCCAAGAAAUGCAAAGAGAAAGAUCAGCAAGCAAAAAUCUUAUCUGAUGGUAUAGGAAGAGCUCAUGGAAGCAAUAUACAGAGCAUAAUUCCUUUUAGUGGGAAAGGAUAUGUCCUUGGAGGAAAAAGAAGUGAAUCAUCAUUAGAGGGAGCUGUGAGUCCAAGCAUCAUUAAGAGCAGAGAACUGCUCCAGUCACAAUAUCAUUCACCUGCUGGUUCAUCUAGGUCAAAUCCUAAAAAUGAAAUCAAGUUUGAACAAAAUAUUUCCUGCACAACUAUUUCCUCUCCAUUUUCUCAAAGCGGUGAUGAAAAUAGUUCUGCUUCUAGCAUCAUGCUUCCUAGAUUUUCAGUUGCUAACCAUAAGGCUUACACUAAUGUUAAUGGCUCACCAGUUAAAAAUAUUUCUUUGGGUGGCAAAAGGUCAGAAUCAAGUUCUACAAAUGCUGUAAGGGAUAUACUCCACAAAAGGACUCCAGAAGACAGCAUUUCUGUAUCAGCUACAAUGACUCCAAGAUCCCAGUCGCCAUCUCAGAGAAACAGCAAUGCCCAUAAUGGUGGGCCACCAAAACGGGCCAGAAUGGAAGAUUCAGCUGCGUUUGUCAACUAUUUUUUAAAGAAAGGAGAUCUCAAGGAGACAACUUCUUCUAUGAAUAGUAUGGCUAAGUCAGCAACCUCAAAAACAUCCAUUAGUGACAGUGACCAAAAUAGAAAUGUCUGUUGCCCAGUCUGUCUAUCUGAAGUUUUGGAAACCAAAAUCAAUGAACACUUAGACCUCUGCCUCUGAGAUCUUUUAAUGUAAUUUUAAUCUAAUGCUGCUUUGCUCAGGAUUUCUAUCUGAGUACUUUAUGUAUAUUUGCUUUCUAUGUUUUAUGGAGAAAAGUUUACAUUUGACCUAACUUUGUGUAUGAAAGUUCCUCAGUCUGAAUGAAAGAUUUUUCUCAACACAUAUAUGCUAAUAAUGCAGUUGACACUGACACAUAGCCUUGAAAAAUGUGUGUGUCUAGGAGACUGUCUCAUCAAUUCUAUAAUGAUCUGAACUGAUAUUUAACACGAGAUAUAAGGUAAGAAACUAGGACCAUUACAGUACAUGCAUUUAAUUCUUUAUCAGAAUCAGAUCCAGACCUAAAAACCUUUGCUUUUUAUAUUGUAGAAAAAUAGUUUGCUAUUGUAAAAUUUUCAAUUUUUCUUUGGCUAGUUUUGUCCAAAGUUUAAACACUAAAUGGGAAAAAAUACAGUUUGAGUGUGUGUGGGUGCGCAUAUGCAUGUAAAAAACAGAGAAAUGAGAUUGUUUUUCCCUGAACUUGAAAGCUGAUGUUGUAUAAUUAUAGUAAUGAAUACUGGUUACUUUUAUGUCUGCACCCAAAGAGACAGCUCACUGAGUGCUUCCUGUAAAUUAUGAUGUCCACUUUUUAUCACCAAAUUUAUAGAUUUUGGCUGGGCUACCAAAGCUUUUUUCUUUAAGUUCAGAAGGGUUAGACUGAUGAUGAUAUCUUAUCUUAUGCAAUUUUUGAUCAGGCAGAUCUUCUUCUAAAUCAUAAACACAUAGGGAAGGCUAUGUCAUACUGCCAUUUCAUUUAUAAAGUGCCUAUUAGAAUUAUGUAUGCCUAUUAUUUGUUGAUAGCAAUGCUUGAAGGUUAUUUCCUCUGAGAUGGAAGUAUAUUCUUGAACACAGGUAGGCAGUUUAAGAUUGUUAGUGGUUUGUACAAUUAAAAAUAAAUAACUUUUCAAAACUAGCACCUGAAAUAGAACUCUGUUUUUCAAAAAUGAAUUAUGGAUUUCAUAAUCUGUUUUAAAUAUGCCAAAAACUUAAAUGUAACUUGUAUUGUUAUAGGUCAGUUGUGUUUUGACACUCUAAUGUGAUGCUCUUCUACUAGCUUUUGUCCUUGAACAGCACUGUUAAUAUAGGCAGGCAAACAUCUAUGCAGGCUCAUAUAUUGCUGUUGGCUGAAAUACCUCAAAUAGGCCACUGCUGUGAAAGGAACAGCAGCAGAAGCAUCUUUCAGUUCCUUGCUCAUCAGAGAUUUCACCAACCUGCUGGUUGCUGCUCCUUGUCAUCACCCAGGAAAGAACAAGAACCACCUGUAUAUGGGUGGAAGAAAUUACUACUGAACAAGUGACAGAUAAGUGACCAAUAAGGAAAGCAAUGGUUGCUUCCAUUAGGUGUCCUCCUUUCUCUACAAUCAGAGUAGAGUAGUGGAGCAGUAUUGAUUGCCCUUUUCUAGGGGCAUCCUAACUCAGUAUCCCUGUCCUCCCAAAGAGCCAUCUAUCAGGCAAAGAUUUCUUUUGUUACAUAAAUCAGGCCUCAAUUCUUAUCACUAGGGAGCAAGAUUGGGAUUUCAGACAAGAUCAAGGAACAUCUAGUUCCACGUAUUGUUACUGUAACAAUUAUUACUGUAUUACUGUAUACAGUAAUCUUCUGUAAGAUACAGUGUGAUCUUCUGUAAAUCUGGAGUAUUUGUUAAAAAUUGGUACCAUAAAAUUUGCUGGGUCCUAUUUGAAUUUUUUUGUAACAAUUAUUUUCAUACAGCAACUAACUUUGUUACUGUAGCAACUAACUUUGAUAACAGUAGGAUACCAGUGGGACAUCCACAAGGGAGAUAUGAAUAUGACAGCACCCUUCUAACAACAGGUAUUUGGGUUACCACUUGCCUCCAAUAGCAGGGCAUUGAUAGAAUUCUCUUCAGUGAUGCAGAGAAAAAUAGACUAUAAGCUGAAAUGUUUUUUACUUCUCUGUAGAUGUGCAUGUGGUCCAGCUUGCCAAAUGAUGAACUGUAUGCAUGGAACACUUUUACCAAGGCUUUAAACAUUUUUGGUAGCAGUGUGAUCUUCUGUAAAUCUGGAGUAUUUGUUAAAAAUUGGUACCAUAAAAUUUGCUGGGUCCUAUUUGAAUUUUUUUGUAACAAUUAUUUUCAUUUGCAAGAAAUAGUCAAACUUUAUGAAGGAAUGUAAAUAGGGAGUCAGCUAAUUUCUUCCUGCAGAAGCCCAUCCAGUGAGUCAUAUUCAUCCCCAUAAUGUGCAGAGGAACAAAGGAAGAAGGUGAAUGUUGCCAGCUUAUAUGCCUUAAAUAAUACAGAAAAUCCUCAGUGCAACAUUAGCUCAAAGACCAAGAAAUCUCUCUGCUAGAAUUGCCUGCAGAUUGGUCAGAUCUGAAAAACGGGACCCAAAAUUAUUGCAAAUGAUAUGAUGAAAAGUGUAACUGACACGAGUAAUUGUCUACCAUUGUACAAGUCAGCAUUGCUUAUACAGGUAGUCCUCGCUUAACAACCACAAUUGAGACCAGCAACUCCAUCACUAAGCGACACAGUCAUUAAGUGAGACAUCAUGUAACCACGAUGGAUUUAUGACCUCACCUCCGCCAUGGUCAUUAAGUGAAUUAUCCACAGUUAUUAAGUGUGGCAUUACAUGACUGUGACUUGCAAUUUUACUGCUGGCUUCUCCAUUGACUCUGUUUGUCAGAAGCAGUGAUUACAUGUCCCCAGCAUGUGAUGUAAUCGUAAAUGCCCGCCAGUUGUGAUGUGCCCAAAUCUUGAUCAAGUGACUAUGGGG